AUGUGCUCUCCGGGAGAAGAUAGGAAACGAAUGAAUGAAAUUGAACGAGAGAAACAAAUCGAGGAAACAGUUGAAAUGGAGAUGACAGAGAUCGACUCGGGACACGACAGUGCAUCGGAAAGUCAACCUUCUCCAUCAGCUUUCCGAUCAACUAGCUCGUCUUUUCCGUUGCUUGACCCACUUCUCAUGCAACAACAAAUCGUCGCUUUACUUUCUGCACAAUUGGGUUCCUUACCCUCUGUAUUUCCGCAAUCCUCCAUUCUCGGAUCGCUAAACGAAAGCUCGACUUUAUUGAACGCUUUGCAAGCGUUUCCCUCAAUCAACGAAGUGGAGUUUAUGCAGAAAAUUGGCGAUCCAUCAAGCGAUGAGACGAUCAGUUCCACUUCUGAUCCUCCGCAAUCAAUUUUGGAUUCAAGCGAUGCUCGAUCAGUGAUCACGCCGAGUAAAAAGCAAACGCUCGAUUACGCCGAACGACGACGCCGGAAUAACGACUCGGCGCGGCGGUCGAGAGAGAUCCGUCGGCAACGCGAGGUCGAGAAUCGCCAUAAAAGCGAGACGCUAGAGAAGGAAAACGACGAUCUGAAACAAGAGAUCCUUCGAUUGCGAGCCGAAUUGGCUCGACUCACGAUUGCCGUCUUGCAGCAGCAGCAACAACAACAAAAACAAAAGACAGAAAAGAGCUCU